GAAGAAAGAAUUUAUAUUAAAUAUUAGGAUGGUGACCUGAUCCCUCCGAUGAGAACAACGUGCUUCCACCGCCCCGACCCCGAAUUCCCGUCCGGGUGCAUAGCAUUCCCCGCUCUCCGAAUUCCUUUCCGCUACCGUUAAAAAAUCCGGCAGUCGCCCAACCACGACGCUGCGGCCACCCCCUCUCACUCUCUCCCCCCUCUCCCUCCGAUCUUUCCCCAUUUCUAGUUUUCGGAUCCACUUCUGGGCUCUCUCUCUCGCCCCCGCUCCCUCUACUAUUCUUCCGGCCGCCGUUAAUGGAAUCGCCUCCUCGCCCUUUCUCCUAUUUCCGCUACUGCUAUUGCCGCUGUUUCCGCCGCUUCUGCCGCUCCUGCCGCUGCUUCUGUUGUUGCUACUGCUGCUCCUCCUCCCCCGCUGAUUUCGAGGGCUAGGGUUAGGGUUUUGGAUUCUUGAUUUCUCCUCGGCAUGGAUCUCCACGCCUCCCAAUCCGACCUCUCGCUAGGGUUCCACCGCCCCCACGGGGCUGCGCCGCCCUGCGGUCCGGUGGCCGAUGAUUCCGUCGUCCUCCAGAUCGAACCCAGCCUCCGAGACCCCUCCGAGACCCCUCGGUCUAUCCCCCUCCAGCUGCUGGACGAGCAGUCGGAGAAUCUCGGUGACGUUUCCUCCGUCGGGGCCAUCGAUCCCGACGAGUCCGAAGACGAGCAGCGGGAGGAGGAAUUCAGUAUCUUGGGGUACCCGAUGUGCUUCAAGAGGCAUCGGAGGGGGGAGUCUUCGUCUUCUUGCUCGUCGACGUCGCUCCACCCUUCAAAGAGGGCUGCCGCGGGGCCGGACCUCGAGUCUCGGCGGGCCACCGUCCGGGCCUGGGGGGACCAGCCUCUCUCCGCUGCGGAUCCAGACGUGUUUGAGAUCAUGGAGAAGGAGAGGAUGCGGCAGGUCCGGGGGAUCGAGCUCAUCGCCUCGGAGAAUUUCGUGUGCCGCGCCGUGCUUGAGGCUCUGGGCAGCCACCUAACCAACAAGUACUCCGAGGGGCUGCCCGGCGCUCGGUACUACUGUGGGAACCAGUAUAUUGAUCAAAUUGAGCGGCUUUGCUACGAUCGUGCCCUAGCCGCCUUCAGCCUUGAUCCGGAGAGCUGGGGUGUAAACGUCCAGCCAUACUCAUGUACCUCUGCUAACUUCGCGGUGUACACAGGGCUGUUGCUCCCGAAGGAUCGAAUCAUGGGGUUGGAUUCACCUUCAGGUGGGCAUGUGAGCCAUGGCUACUAUACACCCAGUGGGAAGAAGAUAUCAGGGGCCUCGAUAUUCUUUGAGAGCUUGUCAUAUAAGGUGAAUCCUCACACAGGGUAUAUUGACUAUGAUAAGCUUGAGGAGAGGGCGAUGGAUUACCGUCCGAAAAUACUGAUCUGUGGAGGGAGUUCUUACCCAAGGGAGUGGGACUAUGGUCGGCUUAGGAAGAUUGCGGAUAAGUGUGGGGCGGUGUUGAUGUGUGAUAUGGCUCAUAUUAGUGGGCUUGUGGCAGCCAAGGAAUGCCUUAGCCCAUUUGAUUUUUGCGAUAUUGUUACAUCCACAACUCACAAAAGCCUUCGAGGUCCUAGGGGUGGUAUAAUCUUUUUCAGAAAAGGAAGAAAGUUGAGGAAGCUGGGACAGCAGGGACUUUCCCUUGGUCAAACAGAUGAAGCCGAGCAGUACGAUUUUGAAGAUAGGAUAAAUUUCUCUGUUUUCCCAUCACUUCAGGGGGGACCUCACAAUAACCAUAUAGCUGCUUUGGCUAUAGCUUUAAAGCAAGUAGCUGCACCUGAGUAUAAAGCAUAUAUUCAACAGGUUAAGAAAAAUGCUCAAGCAUUAGCUUCUGCUUUGCUGAGAAGAAAUUGCAGAUUAGUCACUGGGGGUACAGACAAUCAUUUGCUACUUUGGGAUCUAAGAACAUUUGGGUUAACAGGUAAAAAGUUUGAAAAAGGUUUGUGAGGCUCUGUCACAUGACACUAAAUAAAACCCCAUCUUUGGCGAUAAAUGGUGCCAUCUCUCCUGCAGGAGUGAGAAUAGGCACCCCUGCAUGACUACAAGAGGUUGUCUAGAGGGGAUUUUGAAAUGAUUGCUGAGUUUCUUGUGAGGGCUGCACAGAUAGCAAGUAAACCGUGCAAAGAGAACAUGGGAAGUUGCAAAAGGAGUUUCUCAAGGGUCUUCAGAGCAAUAGAGAUGUUAUCGAGCUUCGUAACUGUGUUGCAGGCCUUCGCUUCACAGUUUGCCAUGCCAGGUUCGGAUGUGUAGGUGGAAGACAACCUGCUGAUCAUCCUUGCCUACAUACAUACAUAUAUAUAGUAAAAAGAGAUGGUAACAGUCCUAAAUUCCUUGCCACACCCCUUGUGCUUUCCUAUAUCAUGGUAAAUUUAGGCUCUUCAUUAUCGAAUCUGUUUCAUCAAAUAUGCAUGUUGCCGUAUAAAUUUUGAAACCUGCCAUAUCGCCCUGUGCUCUCCUACAUCAGUUUUAUGUUAUUUAUCCAACUGAAUGAAACGCUGCUUUCCAUGCUGUGCCCUA